UGUAAUUCACAAAAUGAAUACAUCAUUAUUACUAUUAACCAUUGUAGUUGUUUUAAGCUCUACAGCUAAAGCAGGAAAUUUUUAUACUUCUCCAAGUAAUAAAAUAUAUUAUGUGGAACCAGGGUAUAGUUACAAAUGGUUUGAUGCCCAUAUCGAGUGUUAUAAUCGUAAUAUGACCUUAUUUACCAUAGAAAAUGAAGAUUCAUUCUAUGAUCUUUAUAAUGUUUUAAUAAGUGGAAAAUUCAAUCGCAAGCCACCACAUCUUUGGAUAGGUGCUAUUGGGGCUCAACGUAAAUUUACUUGGAUAUUAAAUGGCAAACCUGUCAUCUGGAAAUAUAGCAGUUUUGAUAAUGCUAGAAAUUCCGAAAAUUGUUUACAAAUGUUUGAAAACACUAAAGAUCUUAAUGAUCGUAAUUGUGUGGAUCUUUUGGGUUUUGUGUGUGAAGAGAAUCGAUAUCAAAACAAUAAGUGUGAUCAAACGAAAAUGGCGGAAAAACAUAUUGUGUUAAAUAUACAUCAACAUAAGAAUUAGUGUUAAUAAAUGGAUUUUGUGUUGUAUUUAAGAUUUGCUUAUAUUAUUUUAGAAAUAAAAACGAAUGUGCUAGAUAAUGUGGUUUAUAUUACCACUUGUGGCUCUGAUCUAA